AUGCUCAUCGACGGUGAGAAGUGGGCUUGUGAAGCUUGCGUGCGAGGCCACCGCGUGUCAAGCUGUCGACAUCAUGAUCGCCCCCUGAUUCGAAUCAAUAAAAAGGGCCGACCCUUCUCAGUCUGUAUCAUCUGUCGCGGACCGUGUAACAACCGAGAAGAGCAUAGCAAGCUCAACCGUGACAAAAAGUCUGAUGGUGAGAGCGAUAGCAAAUCCUCGAAAGUAUUGAGAAAACGGCAACACACCACACCACUAGUGGCUUUAUACCCCUACGAGGCAGAAGAACGGCAAAGCCCACCGCUCGACGUCGAAUCCAGCCAUCUUCAUUUGCACGCAUUGCACCACAUCCUGCACCACUCCCGUCUACAACCAAUCUCGGCCGCAAACUUCCUCGUCCAAUCCGCGACGAUCGUCGCCUCCUUUACCGCCAACCUCUUUAGCUUCUUCAGCUUCCUUGACCGCAACGACGACGGCGACCACGAACACCACAAGCAGCGGUUAUCUACCCAUCUUAUCGUCCGCUCCAGCCAGUCCGCCAUUCGAUCCGGCUUUGGUCCCGUCGAACCGGACCUACAUGCCGGAUCUGACCGCCCACGCGCCGCUAAAUUCCUUGGGGUAUCCCUACGUUUCUCUCCCAAUGAUGGAAGCGCCGAUGAUGCAGACUUCUUCUGCAUACCAGUUUUCCGACGACGCCAUGUUUGCAGCGGACAGUGGCUUUGCGCCGGAAGCCAUGUAUACCGGGUUCGAAGACAUGGAUGUUCUUCCAGAAGAUUGGUCGACCUUUUUCUGGAACAAUGACUGAUGACCGAUUUACGAAUUCCUUUCAUUUCUUUCAUUUCUUCAUGUCUGAUUUUUUUCCUUCUUUCUUUUCUUCCUUCCUUCUGGAUUUGUUCAUCUGUUAAAUAUCUUACAGCCUGUUUGUCUGUCUACACGCAUUGAACCACAAGGUGUGCAUUCUCCUGGCUUCAGGGACGUACAUCUUGGCAGCUGUCUCUUGGGAGAGUUGGGUCCUGGCGGAUAAGUCUUUCUCUUUGUAGAGGAAUAGUUUGUCUGGGCUAUAGAGUCAUGCGGUUAGACGAGACGUUUACAUAGAACAUACAUCGAGUCUGGUUG